AUGCCAGCUGAGCGGAAAAAGUCAGCAGGUAUGGAGGAAAAAGAAUCUUUACUAAACAACAAGGAGAAAGACUGCAGUGAGAGGCGGCCAGUGAGCAGCAAGGAGAAAUCAAAAGACGAUCUCAAGAUCACUGCCAAGAAGGAGGUCAGUAAGGUCCCAGAAGACAAAAAGAAGAAACUGGAAGAAGAUAAGAGAAAAAAGGAAGACAAGGAACGCAAGAAAAAAGAGGAAGAGAAGGUGAAGGCAGAGGAAGAGUUGAAGAAGAAGGAAGAGGAAGAAAAGAAAAAACAGGAAGAGGAAGAGAGGAAAAAGCAGGAGGAGCAGGCCAAGCGGCAGCAGGAAGAAGCAGCUGCCCAGCUGAAAGAGAAAGAAGAAUCUCUUCAGCUUCAUCAGGAGGCGUGGGAACGCCAUCAAUUACGAAAGGAACUCCGUAGCAAAAACCAAAAUGCUCCAGACAACCGACCAGAGGAAAAUUUCUUUAGCCGCCUAGAUUCGAGCUUAAAGAAAAAUACUGCUUUUGUCAAGAAACUAAAAACAAUUACAGAACAACAGAGAGACUCCUUGUCUCAUGAUUUUAAUGGCCUGAAUUUAAGCAAAUAUAUUGCAGAAGCCGUAGCUUCCAUUGUGGAAGCAAAAUUAAAAAUCUCUGACGUGAACUGUGCCGUGCACCUCUGCUCUCUCUUUCACCAGCGGUACGCUGACUUUGCACCCUCACUUCUUCAGGUGUGGAAAAAACAUUUUGAAGCAAGGAAAGAGGAGAAAACGCCCAACAUUACCAAGCUAAGAACUGACUUGCGUUUCAUUGCAGAAUUGACAAUAGUGGGAAUCUUCACUGACAAGGAAGGUCUUUCCUUAAUCUAUGAACAGCUAAAAAGUAUUAUUAAUGCUGAUCGAGAAUCCCACACUCAUGUGUCUGUGGUGAUCAGUUUCUGUCGUCAUUGUGGAGAUGAUAUUGCUGGACUUGUACCGAGGAAAGUAAAGAGUGCUGCAGAGAAGUUUAAUUUGAACUUUCCUCCUAGUGAGAUAAUUAGCCCAGAGAAGCAGCAGCCUUUCCAGAAUCUUUUAAAAGAGUACUUUACGUCUCUGACCAAACACCUGAAAAGGGACCACAGGGAGCUUCAGAAUACUGAGAGGCAAAACAGGCGUAUUCUGCACUCUAAAGGCGAGCUAAGUGAGGACAGGCAUAAACAGUAUGAAGAGUUCGCCAUGUCUUACCAGAAGCUGCUGGCAAAUUCUCAAUCCUUAGCCGACCUUUUGGAUGAAAAUAUGCCAGAUCUUCCUCAGGACAAACCAACACCAGAAGAGCAUGGACCUGGAAUCGAUAUAUUUACACCUGGCAAACCUGGAGAAUAUGACUUAGAAGGUGGCAUAUGGGAAGACGAAGACGCUCGGAAUUUUUAUGAAAACCUCAUCGAUUUGAAAGCAUUUGUUCCAGCCAUCUUGUUUAAAGACAAUGAAAAAAGUCAGAACAAAGAUUCUAGCAAAGAUGAUUCCAAAGAGGCAAAAGAACCAAAGGAUAAUAAGGAAGCAUCAAGUCCCGAUGAUUUGGAACUUGAGUUGGAGAAUUUAGAAAUUAAUGAUGACACACUGGAGUUAGAAGGUGGAGAUGAAGCUGAAGAUCUUACAAAGAAACUCCUUGAUGAACAAGAACAAGAAGAUGAAGAAGCCAGCACUGGAUCUCACCUCAAACUCAUAGUGGAUGCUUUCCUCCAGCAGCUGCCCAACUGUGUCAACCGAGACCUGAUUGACAAGGCAGCCAUGGACUUUUGCAUGAACAUGAACACAAAGGCAAACAGGAAGAAAUUGGUUCGGGCGCUCUUCAUAGUUCCUAGGCAAAGGUUGGAUUUGCUCCCAUUUUAUGCAAGAUUGGUUGCUACAUUGCAUCCCUGCAUGUCUGAUGUAGCAGAGGAUCUUUGUUCCAUGCUGAGGGGGGAUUUCAGAUUUCAUGUUCGAAAAAAGGACCAGAUCAACAUUGAAACAAAGAAUAAAACUGUCCGUUUUAUUGGAGAACUAACCAAGUUUAAGAUGUUCACCAAAAAUGAUACACUGCAUUGUCUAAAGAUGCUUCUGUCAGACUUUUCUCAUCAUCAUAUUGAAAUGGCAUGUACCCUACUGGAGACCUGUGGACGGUUUCUUUUCCGAUCUCCAGAAUCACACCUGAGGACCAGUGUGCUUUUGGAGCAAAUGAUGAGAAAGAAGCAAGCAAUGCACCUGGACGCGCGCUACGUUACAAUGGUGGAGAACGCGUAUUACUACUGCAACCCACCGCCGGCCGAGAAGACGGUGAGAAGGAAGCGGCCUCCUCUUCAGGAGUAUGUCCGCAAACUUCUGUACAAGGAUCUCUCUAAGGUCACCACGGAAAAGGUUUUGAGACAGAUGCGAAAGUUGCCCUGGCAGGACCAAGAAGUUAAAGACUAUGUCAUUUGUUGUAUGAUAAACAUCUGGAAUGUGAAAUACAAUAGUAUUCACUGUGUAGCCAACCUCCUAGCAGGACUAGUGCUUUACCAGGAGGAUGUUGGGAUCCACGUUGUGGACGGAGUACUUGAAGAUAUUCGAUUGGGAAUGGAGGUUAAUCAACCUAAAUUUAACCAGAGGCGCAUCAGUAGUGCCAAGUUCUUAGGAGAACUUUAUAAUUACAGAAUGGUCGAAUCGGCUGUUAUUUUCAGAACUCUUUAUUCUUUUACUUCAUUUGGUGUCAACCCUGAUGGGUCUCCAAGUUCCCUGGACCCUCCUGAGCAUCUGUUUAGAAUUAGACUAGUCUGCACUAUUUUGGAUACCUGUGGCCAGUACUUUGACAGAGGUUCCAGUAAAAGAAAACUUGACUGCUUCCUUGUAUAUUUUCAGCGUUAUGUUUGGUGGAAGAAAAGUUUGGAGGUUUGGACAAAAGACCAUCCAUUUCCUAUUGAUAUAGAUUACAUGAUCAGUGAUACACUAGAACUGCUAAGACCAAAGAUCAAACUCUGUAAUUCUCUGGAAGAAUCCAUCAGGCAGGUACAAGACUUGGAACGAGAAUUCUUAAUAAAACUAGGCCUAGUAAAUGACAAAGAGUCCAAAGAUUCUAUGACAGAAGGGGAAAAUCUUGAAGAGGAUGAAGAAGAAGAAGAAGGAGGAGCUGAGACAGAGGAGCAGUCUGGAAAUGAGAGUGAAGUAAACGAGCCGGAAGAAGAAGAGGGUUCUGAUGAUGAAGACGAGGGAGAGGAGGAGGAAGAAGAGAAUACAGAUUACCUCACAGAUUCCAACAAGGAGAAUGAGACUGACGAAGAGAAUGCUGAGGUGAUGAUUAAGGGAGGCGGACUGAAGCAUGUUCCUUGUGUAGAAGAUGAGGACUUCAUUCAAGCUCUGGACAAAAUGAUGCUAGAAAACCUUCAGCAGCGAAGUGGUGAAUCUGUGAAAGUACACCAACUUGAUGUUGCUAUUCCUUUGCAUCUCAAAAGCCAGCUGAGGAAAGGUCCCCCACUUGGUGGGGGGGAAGGAGAGACAGAGUCUGCAGACACGAUGCCGUUUGUCAUGCUGACAAGGAAAGGCAAUAAACAGCAGUUUAAGAUUCUCAAUGUGCCCAUGUCAUCCCAACUUGCUGCAAAUCACUGGAACCAGCAACAAGCAGAACAAGAGGAGAGGAUGAGGAUGAAAAAGCUCACCUUAGACAUCAACGAACGACAAGAACAAGAAGAUUAUCAAGAAAUGUUGCAGUCUCUCGCACAGCGCCCAGCUCCAGCAAACACUAAUCGUGAGCGGCGGCCUCGUUACCAACAUCCAAAGGGAGCACCUAAUGCAGAUCUAAUCUUUAAGACUGGUGGGAGGUAA